AUGGCUGGCGCACGUUGGGUCAUACGAUUGCAGUUGAUUUUAAUUGCAUUUCUGGCUCUUGCUGUCAUCGAUUUCUACUUGGGUGCUAUGUUUCGUAUCGAUACAGAGCAUGGCGUCGGACACUUUUCUGCUUUUCGAUUCGACCUAAAUUCAGUUCCCAUGUAUGCCGGCUUCAACUGUUCAGUUCUCGGUUAUGACGUUCAACAGAGCCCUCAAAAUUUUUUCACCGUAUUUGGUGUAUUCUUCGCAAACUUCCUUGGCGUCUUGGCAGGUUCUUCGAUGAUAACUUUAACGUUUAUACUUGUACUUGGAUCGCUGGUCGAUCGGGCUUACCUGAUCUGCGAUACAAUGAUUGCGGAAAAAGUCGCACUAACCGGUUUCCUAUUUCUCAAUGGUCUGUACGUUUCAUCGCUCAGCUCGACGAUUGGUACGCUACUUGGCACGCCACGUGUAAUCCAGAGUAUUGCUUCCGAGGGUAUCAUACCAGUACUGAAUCCACUGGCAGUUGGGCUAGGCGCCAAUAAAACUCCAGUACGAGCAGGCCUUGUAAUGACUCUGAUUGCGAUCAUUUCUGUGAUUAUUGGUAAUUUGAACAAGCUGGCAAUCCUCUCCACAAUGCCAUUUCUGAUCACCUAUGCUUUCGUUAAUUACUCCUAUGUUUCACUGGCAAUGAGUUACGAUCUUCAAACGGAAGCCGCUGAGGGUCGUACCGAUGCUGAUCUGGAGCAGUUAUUUCCUGAACGAGCGAUGAUUGGUUCAGCCGAAAAAAGUAGUGCAGAUAAGAUGGACAGUUCUAUAAUCGGGCAGCCAGUAACAUGGUAUUCGAGUUUCAGCAAUCGUUACAUAUCAUUUAUCGGGGCUAUAACGAAUAUAUUGAUCAUAUUGUUUGUCAAUUUUUGGUAUGCAGUGCUACAUCUUCUAGCUUUGGCUGCAGUGUACUAUUACAUUGGACGUGUAUGCCCAUCGGUUUUUCCUGGAUCUGGUGCAAACAUAAUCUUUCGUCACAGUGCUGGUUUAAAUCCUGGCAUGGAAACAGUUACUACGACUCUGAAUGAGGAGAACCGUGAUUAUUCAGAUCGAAAACCGUAUCAUCAUGCCGAGCAAGCAUCCACCGCUGAUUUACCGCAAGAUUUCGAUUGA